AUGACUGAAUCAGUAGUAACGAUUUCGCCUAAAACAUCACCAUAUCGUUCUCAAAUUCAAACUCGUACUGCAUCACCACGAUCUUUAUCAUCGGUUAAUUUUUAUGUUUCACCAGUAAAUAAUCGAAAUAUCGAUGAUGAUCAUGCAGUAUCCAAUGAAAAGUCACAAUUAAAAAAGUUAAAUGAUCAAUUUCUAUCGUAUAUUGAACGUGUUCGUCUAUGUGAAACAUAUAAUAAUUGUUUAACUGUUCAUUGUGAACAUAUCAAAAACGCACAAGCAUGUACCAAAGAUAAAUUCGAUUCACUUAAACAAGAAUUUCAAGAAUAUCAACAAGAAAGAUUUAAUCGAGAAAAAAAAGAUGUUGAAUUAGAAAAUGAUCAUAACAAUGACGUCGAAAAACAAGUGAAUGAAUAUAAAAAUAGACGAACUUUUCUUCAACAUGAACAUGAAUUAAAUAGACAGCAGAUUAUUGAUAUGCAACAACAAUCUAUUGAUAUUCAAGCUAAAACAGAAAAAUUACGUUUUGAUUAUGAAAAUUUCAAUGACGAUAGUAAUCAUUAUCGAAAACAAGUGUCCUAUUAUCAAUUAUUUAAAUCAUCGAUUCUCGAUGAAAUAUCUCAUCAACGUGAUAUGCAUCAACGUGUACAAUCGGAAGUCGAUGAUUUAAAUAUGCAAAAACAAUUAUCAAUACAAGCACAUGAAGCUGAUACUCAAGCAAUUGAAAUUCAAAAUGAUAAUAUUUUUUAUGAUUUAACAACACAAUUUCGUUUAGAUGGAAAUGAAAAAAGUGUUUUAAAACAAACAUUAAAUGAAAUUCGUGAAGAAUAUAAAAAGAAAGAUAACGAAAUGCGUGAAGAACUUCAUCGAAAAUAUUUAAAUGAAUAUAAUCAACACAAGAAAAAAUUAAUUGAUCAAAAUUUAAUUGAAACAAAUCGAGAAACUAUUGAAAGACAUCAUCUAUCAAAUGAAUUAAAUGCAUUAAAAGAUAAUCGAGUAUUAUUGCGUCAAAAAUUAACUCUAGUACAAGAACAUUAUAAGCAGUUAGAAGUAAAUGUUCAACGUGAACUUAAACGACAAAAAGAUAUGCAUGAACAAUAUGAUCAUGAAAUUAAAAAAUUAAGUUCAUCAGUUCAAGAAUAUGAAAAUCUUCUUAGUCAUAAUUCAUUAGCUCUUCCAUCAACAAUCAAAGAUGAAGUUAAUAAAUAUCGACAAUUACUUGAAGGUUCCGAUCAACAAAUAGGUCUUCGACAAAUUGUUAAUAGGUCAAAUAAGAAAUCUGAAUCAGUAUCAACAAGUGAAAAUUUCUAUGCAACAGCACCUAUUCAACAGUAUCUAUCUGCAUAUACGAGUCGAUUGAUAAGUGAAACUGAUCUAAAAUCAACCAAUGAUUCUACGAAACACGAUGAGACAAUCAAUGAAAUAUCUAUUGAUAUGUCUCAUACAGAUGUUGCAAUAAAUCAAACAUUACCAUUUAUACCGAUGGAGACUAGAACAAGUAUAACGGAAGAACAACAGUCUCCAUUGAUUUCUACAUUUGAAAAUCGUGAACCAGCAGAACAAAUAACCAACGAACCAAAUACUAUGAUGCCAUCGGAAAUAAUCAUUCCAAUUACUAUUGAUAUUAAUUCUGCAAUAGACGAAGAAUUAAAUGAAGCUAAAAUAGUAAUGGUAUCACCUACGCCUGUUCUAGAUCAACCAAUGGCUGAAUCAACUAUUGUUGAAGUACCAGUAUCAACAUUACCGGCAGAAAAUCCAUUAGCUAAAUUAAUUUUAACAAUGUUACCUGAUGCAGCUCCAUUUGUGCCAAGUUCGAAUGUUACUAAUAAUCAGUCAGUUACACCGAUGCCGAUAACGGUUAUGAAUAAUGAUGCACCAGCAUUUAUUCCAAAUAAUCAACAUCAACAUGUAAGUAAUCAACAACAUUGGGGUGGACGAGGUGGCCCAGGAGGAAAUAAUCGUCGUGGACAAAAUGCUGGUGGUGGUUUUCAUCAUGGUGGUGGUGGUGGCGGCGGCGGCGGCGGAAAUCAACGAUCUGGAGGUGGUGGCAAUUGGCAACAAAGUGGUGGUGGUGGCGGUGGUAGCCAUCCCAAGCAACGGCGUGGACAAAAAUAA